AUGACGAUUGACACUAUAUCAGAGGGUGAGGACUUCGAUUUUAAUGGUAUGUUCCACACAUGUACAGAUGGUUUCAGCUGGGAUAUAGAGGCACGUAGACUUCAAGAGGAUCAAAUAUUUACUGCAUUGUGUAGUAAAUUUCAGAAUGCUGUAAAAAAUGGACCUAACAUUUUGAAUCUUAUUAAAUAUUGCAAAGUUCUUGGUAUAUAUUUAAAGCAUAUAGGAGGAAAAAUAAAAGAAAAUGAUAGAAAAAAUUGUUGUAAAUUAUUCUAUUAUAAACUAAAAAAAGAUAUAAUAAGAAAUUUUGAUUUAAAUUGUACUAGCGCUCACGACUGCUAUCAGAAAAUGAUUGAGCGAAGAGUAGAGAACAUUAGUACAACGAUAUCAGGAAUAUGUAUACAAUAUUCUGAACAUAUAGAAAAUGAUUCAUCUAAAUUAUUGGAAUAUCUGUUUAAUAUAUAUUACGACUUUGAUCUUCUUAAUGGUUUCAAAAAAGGCGAUAUGAAAACUAUGCGCAAAUUUAAACAGGAAAUUGUAGAUUUAGAAAAUUAUAGGUGUAAUAAUAAAAGACGACUUAAGACAGAACUCGAAAAUAUUAUUCAAAAAUGUGAAGACUAUAAAAAAAAAUGGAAGGAAAAACCAUACUCUCAUACUGCAAAUCUCCUAGAUGAUGAUUGGAUGAAUGAAAGAAGAAUGAAAAUCAAAGAAUUAGAUAAUGAUGUUUUGAUGAGGCAAGGGAUACGUUAUAUAAAAAAUAGAGAAAUUAAACAAACAAAUGUAUUAGUUGCUCAUGCUUUAAUGGAUACAGUGAGAGAGGGUGAAACACACACAGGAAUAAGUGUUGGAAUGAUUUUUAUAACUUCUUCAUUAUUAAUAAUUAUGUUUAUUUUGUAUAAGUAUACCCCUUAUUUUUCAUUUUUAAAACCAAGGAUACAGAAAUUAAGAAGAAGUUUGAAUAAAAAUAACAAAACUAAUCGGGAACUUAUGUAUUCAUUUGAUGUUGAAUACAAAAAUUCAGUUGACGGUAGGUAUAAAAUAGCAUAUAGUUAA